AACCUCCACUUCAUGAAGAAGAUCCCGCCUGGAGCUGAAGCCGCAAACAUCCUUGUGGGGGAAGUGGAUUACCUCAACCAUCAGAUUGUUGCGUUUGUUCGCUUGACGAAAGCUCAAGUCAUCGGGGACCUCUGUGAGGUCCCAGUACCAACCCGCUUUAUCUUUCUGUUGUUAGGCCCCAUGGGCAACCAGAACAAGUUUCACGAGAUUGGGAGAUCUAUUGCAACACUGAUGUCUGACGAGAUUUUUCAUGAUGUUGCAUACCAUGCGCACAAUCGUGAGGACCUCCUGGCUGGGAUCGAUGAGUUCCUGGACCAGGUCACAGUGCUGCCCCCUGGCGAAUGGGAUCCAUCUAUUCGUAUUGAACCUCCACAUUCUGUACCUUCACAGGAGGGCAGGAAAACAGCUUCCUCAGGGCCACCACAGCCCAACGGGAAAGCCAUGUUGUUAGAGGAACCAGAGGACCAUACUGACCCAACCCUUGUACGAACUGGAAGACUGUUUGGUGGGCUCAUUGCAGACAUCAAAAGAAAAAUCCCAUGGUACCCCAGUGAUUUCAAAGAUGCUCUUUCUGUACAGGCUGUAGCCUCUAUUGUGUUCUUGUAUUUUGCUUGUUUGACGCCAAUCAUCACAUUUGGUGGUUUGUUAGGGAAUGCAACAGAUUUGAAUAUGGCAGCCUUAGAGUCCAUCAUGUCUGGAGCCAUCUGUGGGGUGAUCUACUCACUGUUUGCUGGGCAACCUCUCACAAUCUUAGGUAGCACCGGCCCAGUCUUGGUCUUUGAGACAAUUCUUAAUCAUUUUUGCAAAGAAAAUGGGCUCAAGUACUUGGAGAUGCGUUUGUGGAUUGGGAUUUGGACAGCAGCCAUCUUACUUAUCAUGGUGGCCUUUGACCUCAGUGCCCUUGUCCGCUACAUCACUCGUUUCACAGAGGAAAGCUUUGCUGCCCUAAUCUCUCUGAUCUUCAUUGUUGAAGCCAUUCAGAAGUUGUUCCAAAUAGCAAAAGAUGACCCUCCAAACUUACAUCCAGAUGCUGUUUUAAACUACAACUGUUCUUGCGUCAUAUUUGGCAACUUCUCCAUCAUUGAUGGCAUGGCUGUCCCCUACAACGAGAGCUUGAAUGGGACUUUUCAGAACUACACAGAUUUUGAUGCCUUCACAAAAGAGGGCAGAGAGGCCUGUGAAAAGGUUGAGGGGGUUUUGUUUGGACCAGGAUGUAGCACGCCCUUUUAUGUCCCGGAUGUGUUUUUUUUCUCCUGUCUCCUUUUUCUUGGCACCUUUGCAUUGGCCAUGUCAUUGAAGCUGUCUAGAAAUGCUGCCUUUUUCCCAACUGUGAUAAGAGGAAUCAUGAGUGACUUUGCCGUGUUGAUUGCCAUCCUGAGCAUGGUCUUGCUGGAUUUUAUGGUGGGCAUUCAUACACCCAAGCUUAAUGUUCCACAGAACUUUUCUCCAACCAAUCCCAAACGUGGCUGGUUCGUCAGCCCAUUUGGUUACAACCCUUGGUGGACAGCGCUGGCAGCUGUGAUUCCAGCACUGCUGUGUACCAUUCUGAUCUUCAUGGACCAGCAAAUCACUGCUGUCAUUGUCAACAGGAAGGAAAACAAACUCAAGAAAGGAUCAGGCUAUCACUUGGAUCUCUUUAUUGUAGCUGUCCUGAUUGUGAUCUGCUCAUUCCUGGGCUUGCCCUGGUUUGUGGCCGCCACUGUCCUCUCCAUCAACCAUGUCAACAGCUUGAAGAAGGAGUCCCAAUGUUCAGCUCCAGGCGAGAGACCCAAAUUUCUGGGAGUCAGGGAGCAGAGAGUAACUGGUACACUGAUUUUUCUGUUCAUUGGGUUGUCUGUGUUUCUGACUUCAGUUCUUCAGUUCAUUCCAAUGCCAGUGCUGUUUGGAGUCUUCCUGUACAUGGGUGUGUCUUCCCUCAAAGACUACAUGUACCUGCGCCAUGUCAGGACCAAGCGAGUGCACCUGUUCACUACCAUACAGGUGUUGUGUCUCUCCUUUCUCUGGGCCAUUAAGUCAGUCAAGGUCAUCUCCAUUGCUUUCCCAGUCAUGGUUCUGGCCAUGUGCUUUAUCCGCAAGGGGAUGGACAAGAUAUUCACACAGCAGGAACUGAAAUGGUUGGAUGACAUCAUGCCUGAAGUACACAAAAGGGAGAAGGAGGAUGAGGAGAUGAAACAGGAGGAGCAACGACGGUCACUCAUCGAGGAUUUCACCACAAUCCCCAUGGCAGCUCUCGGCUUCAACAUAGAGAACUGGACAAUUAAAGCUGACAUUGACACCCUCAACAUCUCAGAAGAAAUGUCCAAAACUGCCAUGUGGAAGUCAAUCAUGUCCAACGAAUCCUCAUCCAACCUCUUGUCUCAGUCUGUAGAUGAUGAAAAUGGCCAUAGAGGCAGCUCCAAAAAAAGCCCUUACACAAUAUAUAAUGCUAGAAAGCAAAAGAAACACAGCUCCAAACGAAACGGAAGCAAACCCCAGCUGGGGGGCGUAGAGGAAGAGAAGGAAGACUCCCACAGCACUACAAGCAACUCUGUUCCUGCUGUGCCCAAGAAAAAGGUCCCAGUCAAAUUCUACAUAGAGGACCAUGAUGACCAUGAGGAGAAGGAGAACCUCAUCCGACCACCAGAGAUUGUCGUGGACCCCCCGAGUGAGGUCCACAGUAGGACCCCGGACAGGGAAGAGGGUGAUGAACCGCGAUGUUGA